AUGUCUCUCUUUUUGAUUGCACUAGCAACCUUCCUCGUGGCAACCAGCCAGCAAUUUGGGCUUUCGUCCACUGUGAGCGCCCAAAAAACGCCUUACGAGGAUGAUCCAAACAAUUUUGAACACCAACAUGCAACUGAGCUCCUGUGUAGCCGUUACACGUACUACAUGUUGAGUCACACAUAUACACCACAGGCUCAAAUUGAAUGCGUAUCCGUGAAAGUUACGUCGGGACUUCGUAACGGAACGUAUCAGGUUCUUCUCAGCCACCGCUUUACCGGCUCAGAAAAAAUGUACAGCUUCCACGCAACGGUUCAUCCAUUCACCUCCGGAUCACACACUGAGGACAAUGCGCUUUUCUUCACCUUUCCAAUGAAACCCGACGUGGUUGCUGAAGCAAGAACGGCAAUGGAAGGUCCUCAGCCGCCAUUGUAUAAAUUUUUGUACAUCAACUCAGACAAGACGUGUGCUGUUCUGCGCGCAACGCAUGAAGAAGAUGGGACAGGUUGCGAAUUGUAUUCAGCAGGAGAAGGAGGAGCCCCUCUUCCUGUUGCCCAGGAAUGUAUGAAUGUCUACACACAAAACUGCCCCACCACAACAUCUGACGUAUGGAAAAAGGACUGUAUGGAAGGAGACCAAUACUAG